AUGGCCGAACAAGAUACACAUGCCUCUCAUUUUGGAGGCCAUCCUAUUCCUACUGAGAAAGUAACAGAGAAGGUAUCAAAAUGGAAUUUGGCAAGCCUGGGCAAGGCAUCAACGAAUAACACUUCCAACUCUGCCGUCUCAGAACAAGAUCGUUUCAGAUCCAACUCCUCUAUUAUCCCACCAUGGAAUCCACAAGUCAACGCCACAGCAAUUGGUCUACUACAACGCAGUUUUCUCCCCGCUUUAACCACCAACACAACACUCUCACUCAUCUCCUACACCAUCGCUCGUCUCACCAACCGACUUGAUCUCAAAGACAUCCUCUGGCCCCUCGGCCCCCUCAUCACUUCCUGGACCCUCGCCCUCGAACGCCACAACUUCGACAUCUCACAAACAUGGACCCAUCUCGCCUAUCCUCAAAAACUCAUCAUGGCAGGUCUCACAGCCUGGUCUCUCCGUCUCUUCUACCGCAUCACAUCGCGAGCCAUCUCUCGCGGUGAAGACGACGCGCGCUAUACCUCUUUACCGAAAACGAGAGACUUUUGGAAUAAAACACUCUUUUCGACAUUUCUGCCUGAAGCGCUCGUGCAAUCUAUCAUUGCGCUUCCGUUUGCGAUGAGUUUGGCGGCGCCCGAGGUCCUGAUUGGAAACCAACCACUUCCUGGUAAUCCGGGAUGGCAACUGGCUAAUGCGGCUGGGGUAUUUCUUUUCACGACGGGAUUUGCUUUGGAAGCCGGUGCGGAUUGGCAGUUGGAGAGUCAUAAAAAGGAACGAACGGUGGGAUUGUUGAGAGAUGGUGUGUGGAGUAUUGUUAGACAUCCUAACUAUCUAGGAGAUGCACUUAUCCAUGCUUCUUUCCCACUCAUUCUUUACGGAGCAGGAAUCUUCCAUCCUCUCAUGCUUCUGGCUCCUCUUGCAAACUACGCGUUCUUGAGAUAUGUAGGAGGAGAUGGACAAAAUGAGAAGAGUCAGGAAGAGAGGUAUGAGGAGAGAGAUUUGAAAAAAGCAAAGGAUUUGAAGAAUUACAAGAUGGAGAAGAAUAGUUUCUGGCCGCGUGUAGAUGAAUUGAAAAAUGAAUGGACUUGGAUUGUUGUGGGGGCUGGAGUGGCAGGUGUGAUUGGUGAGUGGGGAGUUAGAAAGUUUUUGUGA